AUGCCUUAUGGACCACGUGGGCCGUUACCACCACCACCAGCAACAUCGUCGUCAGCAGUAGUAGUAAGCGGAAUGCAUCUGAAUGCAUCCAUGCAACUUGGGCAAACCUCGUCAGCACAGCAACAACAGCAACAACAAACGUCAAGUGUUGGUAUGAUCCAAUCUGGAGGUGUGAUGAAUGUAAACGUUCCGGGCGCAAUGUCCGCCAGAUCUCUUCAC